CAAAAAAUGAAAUACCUGAUUGCAUUACUCUUGGUAUCAUCCAUUUUAGCAGCCAUCCCAACCAAAGUUACAAAUUGCAUGGCCAAUCCAAAGAUUGUUUUCACAGAGGCAACAUUCAGUGUUACACCAGCUAAGGGUGUCGAUGAAACAAUCACACUAUAUGGAUCUGCCAACGAACAUGCAGAAUUAGAUAAUGUUUAACUCAAAGCCAAAUGGAAUGGAAUGGAUGCUUUUGAAGACAACUAUCCAGAAGACGAAGUCUAUGACAAAGGAGAUCGUGUUACCUACGAGUUGACCCAAAAUUUCCCAACCUAUACUCCAUCUGUAAAAUAAUUAAAUAAUAUAAAUAGGGUAAAAUUACUGUCCAAUUGUGGUUCUAAAAUGCUAAAAAAGUAAACUUUGCAUGUGCUGAAGUGGGAUUUGUUAUCUGAUUCCAAAAUCUGUAUUUUUUAUUAAAUAAGAUAUAAAUUUUUAAAAAAAU